AUGACGCAUUUUUCGAGGCACCGACCAGGCGGGCUUCGCCUGCCCCUCGACCCAGCGUGGAAGUCGGAAGACGAGUACGUUCAGUCGGUGCUCACCUUUGCAACGACCUCAGAUCUCUUCCGCAAUCUCUGUGGCGGAGUACAUAUUCUGGACUUUCUCACGCGGGAACCCGAUCUCUACACCACCGUGCUGCCGCAAGAAUGGCGCGACUGGUUCGAGCGGGUCGACAUUGAUCGGGUCCUCGAUCUACUCAUGCGCGAUGAUCUAGCCAGGUACUCGGAUCGCAAGUCAGAAAACUCAGACACCACAACGCCACAUCCUCCAGCCAGUCUGAUAGACUAUAUCUGCACGAUCAGAAAACAUAACCUCAAACGGACAUUCACGCCACCCUCGGAGAACAUCUCAGAACUACCACCGCAUGUCGCCGUGGGUAUGAAGACCAAGAAGGCGCACGAAGUGACGAACGUUGCUGCGUACGUGGGUCAACUGUGCGAUGAACUCUCCUCGCAACAUCCGGACCAGGAACCCCUGACUGUGGUUGAUUUUGGAUCCGGCCAGAAUUACCUGGGCCGGACACUCGCUUCGCCGCCGUACAAUAAGCAGGUCGUUGCGAUUGAGAAACGGCACCACAAUAUCACCGGCGCGAAGAGCAUGGACGUGCACGCGAAACUGGCAAAGAAGGAAAAAGUCAUGCGGAACAAGAAGGAGUGGAAACGCCAGCUUGGGCUCGGCAACGGAAAUCAGAACGGGACCAAGAAUGUGACACUGGAGCCGCCGCCGUUACCGGUUGAGGAUACGCGUUCAAAGUCUCCCUCAGAGAAAGUGUCUACUGCUACGGCACCAGAUCCUUCCCUGACAGAGGCGAAAAUUGUGGGCAUCGAAAUUGAAGAAGGGAAAGGCAGCAUGACGUACAUUGAGCAUGACAUUCAAGAUGGAUACCUGGAGGACGUUAUCUAUCCUGCGACUCCCAGGUCGGCCCGCCAACCACAAGCACCACAAGACCAAGCACAAGGACAGGCAGAUUGUUGUUCAGCACCGACGAGACGCGAAAGCGACGGGGACGACCAAGAAUCCUCAGACGGCAGGAUGGAGAUAAUCCCGCCGUCCUUGCAAAAACACCCGCCCUCGAUAGUGAUCUCGCUACACUCGUGCGGCAACCUCACGCACCACGCGCUGCGCUCGCUCGUGCUCACGCCGUCCAUCCGCGCCUGCGCCGUCAUCGGCUGCUGCUACAACCUACUCACCGAACGCCUCGGCCCAGUCACGUACAAACUGCCACAACUCCGCCCGAACCACCCGCGCCUGGCCGCGACAGGCGGCGCAUACGACCCGCACGGCUUCCCCAUGUCCAAGACGCUCGAGGAUUUCGUGCCACCAAAAGAUCCCGAGGCUGUGGCUGUCGCCGUGGCUGGCGUCAGACUCAACAUCACGGCGCGCAUGAUGGCCGUCCAGGCGCCCUACAACUGGGGCCCACUCGACAGCGAAAUGUUCUUCCGCCGGCACUUCUACCGCACGCUGCUCCAGAAGAUCUUAUUGGACGUGGGCGUGGUCAAGCAAUGUCCCGACCCGGGCAUGCCCAGCCAGGUCGCCGGCGGGAGCAUCACGGGCCGCGACGACCAAGGCACGCCCCUGAUCGUGGGAUCGCUGCGCAAGGCCUGUUUCGUCACGUUCCGCGCCUACGUGCGUGGGGCGCUGGCCAAGUUGCGCGCCGACCCUGUCGAUGGCGACAUGGUGGCGCAGCUCACGCGCGAUCUGACGGACGAGAAUGUUGAAGCGUAUGAAGCCCGCUACGCCUAUGCCAAGAAGAAUCUCGCGGUCAUUUGGAGUCUCAUGGCGUUUAGCGCGGGCGUGGUCGAGAGCAUCAUCGUUGUGGACCGCUGGUUGUUUCUCCGGGAGCAGGAGUGUGUGCGUGAUGCCUGGGUCGAUGUCGUCUUUGACUAUGCUUUGAGUCCGAGGAAUUUUGUCGUCGUUGGAGUCAAGAAGGGGGAGGAUGGAAGACUGAGUUAG